CCUCGCGAGAUGGAAUCACUUUGUUUGUCGGCGUUGUCGUAGUCGGCGAUCGAGUGCCGGCAGACCAAUAAUAACUCGCGGCUGGUGUCGAUCAGAGUAGUAGUAGGAUGUUGUUUGCAUGGACGUCGAUUCCGAGCGCCAGCGUCUUAAUCAAAGCCGUAGAUUGUUAAUGACUCUCGUAUUGCGUCAUUUGUGCUCGUUGUUUCGGGAGAGACAGUCUGUCGAUCGGUUGAUCUUGAUAUAAAUCCAAGAGAUAUUCAAUUGUUGAACAGUAAGCAGUUAAUGUGAAUAAUAAUGUGGUUGUGGUUGCGAAAAGUUUAAAUCAUAACAGAAACAGUAUAGUGUUUGGUGUUACAAAAACUGAAAUUUAUAACAGUUUGAUGACGUUUUUAUGCGGAAGCGCUUCAACAAUCGUCAUCUUAUCACAUUCGAUGCUUAAAUCAGGAGAGGCGCCGCAGAUAAAUUACCCACCUACCGAAAGUUGAUCGGUUAGUUCAUCGAUACUCAUCAGCCCGCAUAGACGACAUUCGAUUACGAUGGCCAGCCAACUACUAUCGCUACUGGUUAUCGCUUCUGCGACCAUCCUGGUGCUUCUUCUACAGUCUAAUGGUGCUGACUCAGCCAAAAUCCUAUGUGUGUUUCCAACCGGCAGCAAAUCGCACGUUCUUGGACCUCAAGCUUUGCUGAAGAAUCUGGCCCAACGCGGCCAUGAGGUCACCAUGGUCAGUUCUUUCCCGCUGUCGAAGCCGGUAAAGAACUACCGCGAUGUAUACGUGCCAGUGGAUGACAAAUUCGGACCAGUAAUGGCCAGUUUCAUGCAGGGUGGCAGCCGAAAUAUGUUCAAAUAUAUGCCAAUCAUUACGAAGGCAUCGCUUGACAACAGCAACUACACGAUUAAUUCACCACAGUUUCAGAAACUUGUUAAAGAAGAGCAGUUCGAUGUGGCCAUAGUUGGCUUCUUCAUGAAUGACUUCGUUCUUGGUAUUCGAUCGUGGUUCAAGUGCCCCACUAUCUUCUACUUCUCAGCCGGGUUUGGAAGCUUGAACAAUGUAGUUGGAAAUCCAUUGGAAGUUUCGGCAGCACCACACUUGCUUCUAGGGAAAAAGGAUCCCAUGAGUUUCAUCGACCGAGUCAUAAACACACUUGUCUACACGAUUGACUUCGUUAUCCUGAACAUUAUACAACACAUUACCAAACCCUACUACGAAUCAAAUUUCCCUGCCGAAAAGGGAUAUCCCUCGUACGAACAGGCCAAGCUCGACGUGUCGUUGGUGCUGCUCAACUCAUACUUCACCCAAAGCGUACCUCGGCCGUACCUGCCCAACAUGGUUGAAGUUGGAGGCCUUCAAAUCAAAUCCAAGCCUGACCCCUUGCCGGAGGACAUCAAAGCUUGGUUAGAUGGCGCAAAGGAUGGUGCCAUCUUCAUCAGCUUCGGAUCGAAUCUCAAGAGUUCCAACCUGCGACAGGACAAAUUCGAUGCCAUAAUCGGAAGUAUCUCCAAGUUGAAGCAACGAAUUAUCUGGAAGUGGGAUGCGGACGAGAUGCCCGGUAAGCCGGCUAAUGUCCUCAUCGGAAAGUGGUUACCUCAGGACGAUAUUUUGGCCCACAAGAAUCUGAAGCUGUUUUUGACGCACGGCGGACUGGGGAGCAUUACCGAGGCGAUGUACCACGGAGUUCCGGUGGUUGGAAUUCCCAUGUUUGGCGAUCAGGACACCAAUGUGGCGCAGGUCGUGAAGGAAGGUUGGGGUGCAUCCGUAUCGUUCGAUGAUCUGACCGAGGAAAAGCUCACGGCGGCAAUCGGGGAAGUGCUUGGCAAGCCAGGGUACGCGCAAACCAUUGAGACCAUGGCUUCGCUGUACAAGGAUCGACCCCAAUCGUCGAUGGAUUUGGCCACGUUUUGGGUGGAAUACGUUGUGCGACACAAAGGGGCUAAGCAUUUGCACUAUCAGGGAGCGGACUUGAAUGUGCUGCAGCGCAACUCUGUGGAUGUUUACGCCUUUCUGGGGGCGGUCGUGUAUGCGGUUUUUAAAAUUGUUAGUUUUGUGAUGCGUCGAGUUAAGCGAUUGGUAUGUGGUGGUAAGCACGCCACACAGAAACAGAAAAAGCAUUAGUUACCCUAUUGUUGAGGAAUAGUCGAUUGUGUUUAAAAAGUGCAUUCCAGCGGUAACAAGUUUAGAAAAAAAAUGCACAAUCACCCAUAUUUUUUUCUAGGUUUGAAAGCACUUUUGUAUGCAAGUUAUUUCAAUUCUCGUUGAUGCUAGCAUAAUUAAAAAAAAUGAUUGUUUUGUUCGUCCG